CACAUUUGGCCGCUAGGUGGUUGGCUGUUUACAGAUGGAAAUGAGAGAUCUGGUUUGUCUGUGAUAAUUCAAGUCGUAACUUUUUCUUUUUAAAAAAACAUCUCGAAAUGCAAUCGAAUAAAGAUAAUAGAAAAGACGAUCUACUAAACGAGUUGGCAUCUGAUUACGCCAAUUAUCUGGUUGUUGAUUCCAAUGAUGAGUGGUCGAAAUUGCAAUCAGUCAUCCAAAACCUGUCCUCGAAUGUCGAGGAAUUCUCAUCACUGCUAGAGAGUAUCAACGUGGACACUAGCCUCUGCGUGGAUAGCUUGCUUCCCCACAUUGUGGCUCACUUCAAUCAAGUGAAGAAGACAUUCCGUCAAAUAGACAAACUGGAGUCUGCCGUCAAGAAGGUGGAAAAGAGUGUCAGCUCCAUGGAGACCGAGCUCAACACUGCCGAAACCUAUCUGGAAUCAGAGAGUGUGUUCAAGACCGUCUUCAAACCAUUCCUGAAACCUUCUAAUCCCACCAGCCCAGUGCCUCCCGUCUACAAGCCUGUCGACAUAUUCAAAACUGAGACCCUGUGGGUAGAGGAUUCCAGCGCAGACUAAAAGCUUUUUUCGAAUCAAGAGUCAGGCGAUCGAUAAAGUAAAUCAAAUAGAAUAUUUCAAUUCAAGAAUUCGAUCCUUCCUGCUGAUGUCCUUCGCGUCCGGCUAUCACAGUCGCAGUGUUAUUUGGGGGGAGACUACUUAUGGCACUCGUUUGGGGUUCAGCAGCAAUGAUCGACUCUUCUUCUUCGACGACAUUCUUCUCAACCGAUUUAAUGUAAUCCCCUUCCACAAAGGGCGGAGGAAGCUCGUCCAUUGUCACCACCACGACGUUAUCGUAAGCCUUUAGAUGUUGAUGGAAGAAAAUAGAAAAAGAAUUCGAUGAAGUAA